CGAGUCGUUGUAAAUCGCGUUCUUCGCUCGACGUAACCGAGGUCGCUUGUUCACGUGGUGAACGUCUUCGUUAUCGUGCGAAACAACACAACACAGUCCUCAGGGAAGGUGAUCGGACACGUGGAGGAUUGGACGCCGAUUGUUUUCAACGUCAUAUACCGGUGCUUGUAUAAUGUUGCAAAUUCCUAAUAUGAUCGUCUGCAACGAGAUAAACCGAGUUCAAAAUCGUGUUUGAAGGACUAAGGACCACAGGUUACUAGAUCGCUAGAAAUCAAACACGGUGGAGCCUUGACUGGACGUUAAAGUCGAAAUCAUCGCUCUGUGACCGCAUUCAUCAGCAAGCUGGAGUCCUUGGACGGUGCCGAGUUUGUGGUCGAAAGUGUUUGCUCACCGGGAUGAUAGCCACACGGUUCUAGAUGUAAUAGGACCGAAAUCCUUCGAAUCAAACGUAUUUUUCCGAAUGCAAUUGGACCGAUCGAUCGAUAGCAACACUCGCUGACAGUCUCGUGAAGUCAGUUGUAACGCGCAGAGAUUGGACAUCUCUGUAUCCUCGACGGUAGAUUUUAACUGUCGCGGCUGAGCGAAAUUUGACAGUCGGUGUGCAAAUAUGGCUUCGUUACGCUACACGUGGAUCCUGAUAUUAUCAGUUUUAACGAGCGUUCAGGCAGCCUUCAAAGUCUCUACGCAGGAUUUAAAGAUCCAACUCAAUCAUCCUGGAUCAUUUAACUUAUCCUUAACGAAACCUUUACCACCCAUCAAUAGGAGCGUGACAGUAACAAUAGAUGUACAGCAUCCUGAUUUAUUAUCCACUGAACCAUCUUUAAUCAGCUUUAAUACCACAACAGACCAGACAAAGUGGAUUAUUUAUGUAAAAGGCUUGAGUGCAGGCCAUUCAAUUCUCAAUGCUAAUGUAACACCCAGUAAUAUUGCAGACUUCUCUCAAGCGUUUGUCAGAGUGACUAUAGAGAAAUCGGACACGCUCUAUCAUAUUAGUGCUGUGGUUGGAUGGAUAUACUUUUUGGCAUGGAGUAUAAGUUUUUACCCACAAAUCUACAGUAAUUACAAACGUAAAAGUGUUGUGGGUCUCAAUUUCGAUUAUCUGUCGUUAAAUUUCGUCGGUUUUCUUAUGUACGGAUUGUUUAAUUGUGGUCUCUACUGGAUACCUGAGAUCGAGCUUGAGUAUUUCAAUCGAUAUCCAAAGGGCUUGAAUCCUGUCCAAGUUAAUGAUAUAUUUUUCUCUCUACAUGCAGUAUUCGCUACCGUAGUAACAAUUACGCAGUGUUUUAUUUACGAGAUUGGCAAUCAGAGAGUAUCGACGACUGCACGUAUUAUUCAUGGAAUAUUCGCGACGUUUAUAUUCAUAUCUUUGAUAUUAUCCUUCGUUAAAGUAAUACAGUGGCUAGAUUUUCUUUAUUACUGCAGCUACGUUAAGCUCAGCAUAACACUCAUCAAAUAUGUGCCACAAGCGUUCUACAAUUAUAGGAGAAAGUCUACUGUUGGCUGGAGCAUUGGAAAUAUAUUCUUAGACUUUACCGGCGGAAUUUUAUCGAUGCUGCAAAUGAUACUCAACGCCUACAACUAUGACGAUUGGGAAAGUAUUUUUGGAGAUCCAACUAAAUUCGGUCUUGGAUUCUUUUCUGUGGCGUUCGAUAUAUUUUUCAUAAUACAGCAUUAUGUUCUGUAUAGGGAUCGCACAGAUUAUAUUGAAGUACCUGGCCAUUGUCAGGAGGAACCCGAGGGCUCGUGCAACGCAUAAAAUACCGUGUCGCUUAUCACCGUCCCAUCAAGUCAGAACGCUUAGAAAUGAUAUUCAUCGCAACGGAAGCACUCUUUCCUCCUCAUCGAUCAACGACACGCUCGAUCGCUCGUUUCACGCAAAACAACAAAAAAGAAAGAAAGAAAGGAAAUUGGAUUACGUAAACGACCAAGAAAUCUACCGUUGAGCGCGUUUGCGAAUGAAAAUAUUGUAUUAAUC